AUGGCAAAAUGGAGCGGAGAGGUCCUCAAGAAAAUAAUAGAAAAUAUAUUUCGUGAGAAUUUUACUGCGCAUGGAAGCAAAGAUCUACAAGAUAAAAUUAGUGAAUUGGAAGCUGACGUAACAGCAAGAGAUCUAAAGUUGGACCAAAGAACACAAGGACUAAUUAAAAGUAUGCGAAUCAAACGAUGCUAUAAAUAUAAGACGGUUAGAUGCCACAUUCAUUUUAGUAAUGCUUACGAACAAAUAUACAAAGAUGGUGGCGUUAACGUGUCGAUCACAAAGAAUAAUCGGAAAUUUUUCUUUAGGAUGUUUGAUUCAAGAUUGACGUAUCAUCAAAUGAGAAAUAAAUUUUGCUGGCAAGCAAGUAAAAGAAUAGCGGAUGAUAAUUCGAAAGUGGAUAGUUUAAUUAUCAAAGAAUAUGUGAAUAAAUAUACGGCAUUUUUUGGGAAAAUAGUUAGAGUUUGUAAGGCUCGCCACAUCAUUUUGUAUUUCAAAGGCGAGAACGCCUUAAGGAACGCGACAGGAGGUUCGUGGAGAUGUGAAGACUAUGGAAUUGGAUUGCAAGUUAAAGAACAAGACGAUUUUAUAAACUAAGAUGGAAAAUUACAAAGAAAUCAGCGUAGAAAUUUAGGUAAGAAUGCCACCUCAAGAGAUAAUGGUUGUUCGAUGGAUUGGCAACAAAGUGAGUCAUCGUCAAUUUUUAGGCAUCGUGACAACCUGAACAAAAGGAGGUAGGAAAUUAGAUAGAUAAUUUAAC